GAAGAGGACCGAGAAGCAAGCCGGAGACGAGGAAGAGAUCGAGGCGCCGGCUCAGAGAAGGCUGCGGGGUCCAGAGCUCAGCCAAGGCUAGCACGUGCGGCGCCCAGGGCACAACUUUUCCUUGCCGGCGAAGCAAAAGGCGGGAGGGCUGAGCCUGCAUCCUGUCAGCCUGUCCCGUCCUGGGAGAAGCAGCAGCAGCCUCAGCAGCGCGCGCCUUGGAUGCUGGUCAAGGGCGGGGAGGCGCGCGGCCGCGGAGAUCUGCUGCCCGGCGCCCUCCGAAGAGGGCUCGCAUGGGCACCAAGCACUCCUCGCGCUGCCUGCUCCUCCGGAGGAAGAUGGCGGAGAGCGCGGCGGCGGAGAACGCCGAGGUCUGCAAUGAUCCUUCUGAGCCUCUUCAACCUAUAAUAAUUCCAAAACCAGUUCAAUCCAUCGUUCACGUACCUUUGCAACCAAAUUGUCCAGGUCGGGGAAAGAUGGCAAAAUUCCUGAAUCCAGAAGAGAUGACAUCAAGGGAUUAUUAUUUUGAUUCAUAUGCUCAUUUUGGAAUUCAUGAGGAAAUGUUAAAAGAUGAAGUGCGCACAUUAACAUACAGGAACUCCAUGUAUCACAAUAAACAUGUGUUUAAGGAUAAGGUUGUACUGGAUGUUGGUAGUGGCACAGGGAUCCUCUCAAUGUUUGCAGCAAAGGCAGGAGCCAAGAAGGUUUAUGGGAUUGAAUGUUCCAGUAUAUCUGACUACUCAGAAAAAAUUAUCAAGGCGAACCACUUGGAUCACAUAAUCACCAUAUUUAAGGGCAAAGUGGAAGAAGUUGAAUUGCCUGUGGAAAAAGUAGACAUCAUCAUCAGUGAAUGGAUGGGUUAUUCUCUUUUCUAUGAGUCCAUGCUGAACACUGUCAUCUUUGCUCGAGAUAAGUGGCUAAAACCUGGAGGGCUUAUGUUUCCAGACCGGGCUGCUUUGUACAUGGUGGCAAUUGAAGACAGGCAAUACAAGGACUUCAAAAUUCACUGGUGGGAGAAUGUAUACGGCUUUGACAUGACCUGUAUCAGGGAUGUUGCCAUGAAGGAGCCAUUGGUGGACAUUGUAGACCCCAAGCAAGUGGUGACCAACAGCUGUUUAAUAAAGGAAGUGGAUAUUUAUACAGUGAAGCUGGAAGAGCUGGCCUUCACGUCUACGUUUUGCCUCCAAAUUCAGCGUAAUGAUUACAUCCAUGCUUUGGUCACAUACUUUAAUGUAGAAUUUACAAAGUGCCACAAGAAAAUGGGGUUUUCUACAGCUCCAGACGCUCCUUACACACAUUGGAAGCAAACAGUAUUUUACCUAGAGGAUUAUUUAACUGUUAGAAGAGGUGAAGAAAUCUAUGGAACCAUAUCCAUGAAACAGAAUGUAAAAAAUGAGCGUGAUCUGGAUUUCUCAAUAGACUUGGAUUUUAAAGGGCAGCUUUGUGAAACUUCUGUAUCAAAUGAAUAUAAAAUGCGCUAGCAAUGCACUAUCUUCCAAGGAGAAGGAGAAAAAGCAGCACUUCUGGAUCUGUCCAAUGUGAACUGGAAACAAUUCUUUUGGAGGAAUAAUGACAUUACUAUGGUGGAUAGUAGACUUUCCUUCUUGCAGCAGAGAAUGCCAAGUGGGCUCUGUGUGUGUAUGUUUGGGGACGGGUGGGGGGGCUAACAGGAAUGUGUAGUAUUAUAUAAACAUAGUUUUUGCCUAGACAAACUAAAAGAGCUGCCUUUCUUGUUAGUUUUAGGAUGUGAUGAGACAAAACAAAAAUGUAUAUGCAAUAUGGGCAUAGAGAGAGAUGUCACAUUACCAUCACAUUUGAGUUAUUUCCCCCAAUUUUUGCAUGCUAUUUUUCUGACUAGGGUGAUCUUAGGGGUGUCUAUUGUGAGUAGAUGAUUGAGAUUAUAUUGAGUUUUAAAAGAAUAUUUCAUUAUUUAUCAGAAAAACGGUAUUGUCAAAAUAUAGGAAUUUAUUUGUGAUUGUUUUUUAUUUAUGUGUAGCCGGGACAGUAUUGAUUGCAAUUUUGCUCACACAUUUCUUUGAAAUGAACAGAAUGUACAUGAGAUAAAGUUUUAGAUGAGGCUGGGGAAUCUUGCUGUGCCAUUUACUGUACUUUUUGAGAAAUAUUUUUUUGAAAUAAGCCUUGAUCAUAACAAAACACAAAGAAUGUAUUUUCAUUUGAUGUUCACCCUUUUUCUAUAAAUGAGGAUUUGGGUUCCUAAUUUCAUUGCAGUUGAUAACCGUCUCUCUCUCUCUCUCUCUAGAUAUCUAACCCACUGGUGAGCUUUUUGGAAAAUGAUAUUAGAUGUUAUGAUUGGAAAUUGCAUGGAACUGUCUCAGACUUAUUGUCUGACAUUUAAAUAUUAUGCAUAGGAAGAAUCCUGCUUUUAGGAAUGGUGUGUAAUUUUCUUGCUGUAUACUUCUUGAUAAAUAAAAGCUCUGUAUUUAUUGA